CAGUCUCUCACUUCAGAAACCCUCUCACUUCGACAAUAAUGGUGAAACAGAAAAAGCAACAAGUGAUUUCUCGUUUCUUUGCUCCUAAACCCAAACCCCUUUCUCCAUCUUCAUCAUCUCCUCCUCCUCCACAAAACCCGAAUUCAGAUUCUCCAAUAAAUUAUUCCCCGAAGAUAACCGCAACAGUUUCUUUCUCACCUUCAAAACGAAAAACCCUAUCUUCUGAACUAUCUUCAUCACCAUUAAACAAAACCCAUACUCCAUCUCCUCAUCAUCUCUCAAAAAAACCCAAACUUUCUCAAUUUCAAAACCCUAGUCCAUCACUUCACCAGAAAUUUCUUGAAAAGCUUCUGGGACCAACAACUCACGUGACACCCACGUGCACACCACAGGGGAGAGCAGGUGAGCGUUACACUCCAUUAGAACAACAAGUAGUGGAGCUGAAAUCACAGUACCCAGAUGUUGUUUUGAUGAUUGAAGUUGGAUAUAGGUAUAGAUUUUUCGGGGAAGAUGCUGAGAUUGCAGCUAAGGUAUUGGGAAUUUAUGCACAUUUGGAUCAUAAUUUCUUGACUGCUAGUAUACCCACAUUUCGGUUACAUGUGCAUGUUAGGAGACUUGUAAAUGUUGGACAUAAAGUUGGUGUUGUGAAACAAACUGAAACUGCAGCUAUUAAAGCUCAUGGGGAGAAUAAAUGUGGACCGUUUACUAGGGGGUUAUCGGCAUUGUAUACGAAAGCAACACUUGAAGCAGCUGAAGAUAUGGGUGGAGGUGGAGGAGGAGAGGAGGAGUUUGGUUCUUGUAGUAAUUAUUUGAUUUGUGUUGUCGAAAAGGAUCUUUUGGUUGGUGGUAGUGAUAAGAAGAGUGAGAUUAGCAAGGAAAGUGGUGGGUUUGAUGUGACAAUUGGGUUUGUUGCUGUGGAGAUUUCAUCUGGAGAUGUGAUUUAUGGGGAGUUUAAUGAUAAUGUUAUGAGAAAUGCACUUGAAGCAGUGAUAUUGAGUUUAUGUCCUGCUGAAAUACUUAUUGGGGAGCCGCUUUCGAAACAAACGGAGAAGUUACUAUUGGCAUACGCUGGGCCGACAUCCAAUGUCCGAGUUGAACGUGCCUCAGGUGAUUGCUUCAAAGAUGGUGGUGCACUUGCUGAAGUGAUGUCUUCAUUUGAGAACGUAGAUGAGAGUGGUUCUGCAGGUCCUGAGGAGCAAUGUGUAGGGAUUAAGGGAGUUAUUGCUAUGCCAGGGUUAGCUGUCCAAGCCUUGGCUUUAACCAUUCGUCAUCUCAAGAAGUUUGGCUUGCAAAGGAUUUUUUGUCAUGGUGCUUCAUUUCGGCUUUUCUCAAGUAACAUUGAAAUGACCUUAUCGGCCAAUGCCCUUCAACAAUUAGAGGUUCUGAAGAAUAGCUCUAAUGGUGCUGAAACUGGUUCUUUACUGCAUUUGAUGAAUCAUACACUUACCACUUUUGGUUCGAGGCUUCUUAGACACUGGGUAACACAUCCUCUAUGUGAUAGGAGUUCAAUAUUAGCGCGUCUUGAUGCUGUUUCUGAGAUUGCAGAGUUGAUGGGUACUAAAAAGGAUAUCGAUGGGUUCAAUAAUGAAGACGACUGUGUUGAAAUUGCACAGCCUGAGGUUAAUUAUAUUCUUUCUUCUGUCUUAAGGACACUGGGAAGGUCUCCUGAUAUUCAGCGUGGAAUAACCAGAAUAUUCCACCGAACUGCCGCUGCAGCUGAGUUCAUCACUGUCAUUCAUGCUGUUUUAUAUGCUGGGAAACAACUUAAGCAACUCCGAGUUGAAGAUGAUGACUGCACUGGUAAUUCGAAGGAGAUGAUUAUUAGUUCGCCGUUAUUGAAAAGGUUGAUAUUAACAGCAUCCUCAUCUACAUUAGUUGGUAAUGCUGCAACUCUUCUCUCUGUCCUAAAUAAGGAUGCUGCUAGUCAAGGGGAUCUUCAGAACUUAUUUAACGUUUCAAGUGGUCAUUUCCCUGAGGUUGCUGCAGCGAGCACAAAAGUUCAGAUGGAAAAGGACAAGUUGGAUUUAUUGAUCAGUCAGUACAGGAAGCAACUCCGGAUGCACAAUUUGGAGUUCUUGAGUGUCUCUGGAUCCACACACUUGAUAGAGUUGCCUUCAGAUAUGAGGGUACCCUCAAAUUGGGUUAAGAUCAAUAGUACGAAGAAAACAAUUCGUUACCAUCCCCCUGAAGUCUUAAAGGCUUUAGAUCAGUUGAUGCUUGCCAAAGAGGAGUUGACUGCUGCUUGCCGAGCAGCCUGGGAUAGUUUCUUAGACGGGUUUGGUAAAUAUUAUGCUGAAUUUCAAGCUGCUGUUCAAGCACUGGCUGCUUUGGAUUGUCUUCAUUCGCUGGCAACCCUUUCUAGAAAUAAGAACUAUGUUCGCCCAGUUUUUGUGAAUGAUGGUGAACCUGUUCAGAUCAGGAUUUCUUCUGGGCGUCAUCCCGUUCUAGACUCGAUAUUACAAGACAGUUUUGUUCCGAAUGAUACCAAUUUGCAUGCAGAAGAAGAAUACUGUCAAAUUAUUACAGGGCCGAAUAUGGGAGGAAAGAGUUGCUAUAUUCGCCAGGUUGCUUUAAUUGCUAUCAUGGCCCAGGUCGGGUCUUUUGUACCUGCGUCAGCAGCAAAGUUGCAUGUCAUUGAUAGAGUUCAUACUCGGAUGGGUUCAUCUGAUAGUAUCCAACUAGGAAGGAGCACCUUUUUAGAAGAACUUAGUGAGGCUUCUGAUAUAAUCCGUAACUGCACGUCACGGUCGUUGGUAAUACUCGAUGAGCUUGGACGAGGCACAAGCACACACGAUGGUGUUGCAAUUGCAUAUGCAACAUUGCAGCACCUUCUGAAGCAGACGAGAUGUAUGGUUCUCUUUGUGACCCAUUACCCGAAGAUUGUGGAAGUGAAGAAUGAAUUCCCAGAUGCUGUAGGGGCUUACCAUGUAUCUUAUCUGGCAAUAAAAAACACAUGUGAAAUUGCAGAGUCGGAGUCAGAUAAGAGUGUUAACUACAAUGAUCAAAAUGAAAUCACUUUCCUGUACAAACUUGUGCCUGGAAUGUCAGACAAGAGUUUUGGCCUCAAUGUUGCUCGACUUGCACAGCUGCCUUCAUCAUGUAUUGCUCGAGCAGCUGUAAUGGCAGCAAAACUGGAAGCAAUGGUAAACACAAGAGUAGGAAGUUCGUUGAUACAACACUCGUUUACAAAGACUGAUUCUACGCAAAACAAGGGCGAAAUCCAGAAAAACUCCGCAACGCAAACAGAGUAUUACUCCCGUGAAGAUUUGACUGAAGCAUACCAUGAACUGUUUCAGCACUUGAAAAUCGCACUUACUGAAACUGACUCUUCAAAGUGCUCGGAGUAUUUGAAGCGAUCCAGGAAUGUUGCUGCAAUGUUAAUGAAAGUGUAAUUUUUUUUUACUGUUUGAAUCAUGUAAAUACUGGUGGGUAACUUUUUGGAGUUAAAGCAAAGAAGUAUAACAUUUUGGACUUUUACAUAGAAA